GUCUAGCGUCGUUCAAUCGAAUAUUUGUAUGAUAUCGGUUCUCGGAUAGUUUCGCCUGUCACUGCAUUCAGGAAAAUAGAUCGAGUCGAGAUCAUAGUGCCGGGAGAAGGAAGCGACACAUUUUACAGCAGAAAUGUUCCGUAAUCAGUACGACAACGACGUGACAGUGUGGAGCCCACAGGGUCGUAUUCAUCAGAUUGAGUAUGCCAUGGAGGCUGUCAAGCAAGGUUCUGCAACUGUAGGACUUAAAUCCAAAACCCAUGCAGUUCUGGUUGCACUAAAGAGAGCCCAGUCUGAACUGGCUGCCCACCAGAAGAAGAUCCUUCAUGUCGACAACCACAUUGGCAUUUCCAUCGCUGGUUUGACUGCUGAUGCUAGACUGCUGUGUAACUUCAUGCGUCAGGAGUGUCUGGACUCCAGAUUUGUCUUCGACAGACCUCUCCCCACAUCACGUCUCGUGUCUCUUGUUGGCAGCAAAACCCAAAUUCCAACACAGAGGUAUGGAAGGAGACCUUAUGGUGUUGGACUCCUCAUUGCAGGAUACGAUGACAUUGGACCCCACAUCUUUCAGACCUGUCCGUCAGCCAACUACUUUGACUGUAAGGCCAUGUCGAUUGGAGCCCGUUCUCAGUCUGCACGGACUUACCUGGAGAGAUGCAUGGAAAAGUUUUCUGACUGUGAGUUAGUCUCAUUUCAAAAUCAUCAUUGUCAGACAUUUGUUAAUGUUUUGUUCUUGGUCAUGUUGUCAGGUAAUCUGAAUGAUCUGGUACAACACGGCCUCCGUGCUCUCAGAGAAACCCUCCCAGCUGAGCAGGAUCUCACCACAAAGAAUGUUUCCAUUGGAAUUGUGGGCAAAGACAUGGAAUUCACCAUUUAUGAUGAUGAUGAGGUCGCCUCAUUCCUGGAGGGACUGGAGGAGAGGCCACAGAGAAAGCCCGUCCAGCCUGCAGAUGAACCUGCAGCAGAAGUACCUGACGAGCCAAUGGAGCACUGAGGCCGCCGAGCAGACCGAUAGUCAGCUGACCAACCUGACACUUAGUGCAACACACCAGAGUAACUGUUAGACCUGGGGGAGUGAGGGGGGGUGUUGUUGUUGUCGUCGAGAUGUGCCACUUAAAUAAACUGUUCAUCCACAUUCUCUUCUCUGCUGACAUCAACUGUGUGAUGUUGCUUUUGUAUAAGUCACAUGUAUCAUGAAGAAGAAGAAAUAAAGUCAUUUUUGAAUUCA